AUGUAUCAAGCUAAUCCUCAGCUGGCAGUUACUGUCUUUCUUAUCCUCAUCCUCAUUGCACUCCAAGACGUCUGGGUCUUUCUCUUCAACCUCUCCUUCCUCGUCGCACGCUACGGCGUGUACUUCAUCGUCUCCUUUUACCUCCUCGCAUUCGCGCUACACCUCCUCAAGCCUAUUGUAGCCAGGAUGGAUCAGAAGGUGAGGGACAUACUCGAGGCGCUGAAGGACAGCAAGCUGUCGGUCGACGCCAAGGCGACCCGUCUACUUGCUUUGAAGUCCGACAUCAAGCAGAAGAAUGUUUCGGAGAAAGCAGUGCCUUUGAUCUUUGAGUGCUUGCGACAUGCAAUAGCCUCACCUUUCCACGCCCUCUACUCGGCGGGAUUCUCGACUCUCGGCCAUUUCAUGAAACGCAUGUAUAUUCAAGGACUCCACCGACUCGUCGCCGCCUACUCCGAACGGCUUCUCGCCACUCUCAUGGACCGCAUGGGUGAUAACAAGGACCGCAUCAGGUACCAGACUACCCAUGCCUUGGCCGACAUGUGGGAAGGCGCCGGCCCGCAAAUCGAGAGUCUUGUCAUCGGCAUUGGCCUCCAGGGAAAGAAUCCCUACCAAAAACUUUCUUGUCUCAAUUUGAUCUCGCUCACACUCACCCAUGCGGACGUUACCGUCCAGAAAGCGGAGAAUGCUGCCAUGCAUGCAGACCUUAUGGCUAAAGGUUACACUCCACAUAUCAUCGGAUGCGUCGAGGACGCUGAUCCCUCUGUCCGCCAAAAUGCGCGACAGCUACUCGUACAGAUGUUCAGCGGCGAGCGUGACGACAUCAAGCACGAGCUGAAGUUGGCACUUGAAGAGCACAAGGUUAGACAGUCAUAUGCGAGGGAGAUCCUUGCUGGUAUCGGGCUUGAUCCCGACCAUUACGACGAAAACCAGUCUUCUCGUCCAUUCUCAAUGCAGCCGAGAGCACCCUCCCGAGCUGCUACUGCUUCCCGCGCAGCAUCGCGGGCUGGCAUGCGUGCUCCUUCACGAGCCGCCGUUUCACGGGCUGCUUCACGAGCUGAGAUCUCUCGUGCGCCUUCACGAGCUGACACACUCGUCGAACGUUCUGGCACGGCUGUCGCUCAUCGUGAUGCUACUCCGGCCGACGAUGACGCUCCUGUUCUGUAUCAUCCGCAGCCUGUUCGAACCUCUCCUGUUACUAGCGACAUGAUUACCGCCACUGAUCAUGAAACCGUCUUCGCGGAAUCUAUUACCGCUACCGACUAUCAUACCGAAGAAUCGGUCAAGGGUAAGCUUGCUCCUCUACUCCAACUUCAUGGUCUUCCGGAAUCUGACAAUCGACUAGGCAAGCCUGUUACCGUGCGUCCAACCCCGAAGCCGGUUAACACCACGAAAGCCAACGCAAAGAAAGCGUCUUCGGUCGACAGGCAGGUUGUGCCUGCAACUCCGGGACGUGCUCCCAAACAAUCCGGUCGCGACGCUGAGCCUCUCGAUGUUCAGCCUUACGAUCUCGGCUCUGCCCAGGACCUUGAACGGUUGCAGCUUACCAUGGCUCCUUUUUUCGAGGGCAAAGAGACGGAGAUGAACUUUUCGAGGCGUGAAGAGUACACCAUCUUGAUCCGCCGAAUCACUCACGGAAACGCGCCACAGAAGUGGCCUAAGUUCUACUUUGGCUUCGUCAAGGAGACCCUCACCUUUAUUUUUAUCACGGCCCAUUCCGGUCGGACGACUUUGCAAACCGCUGGCCUUCGAACGGUCCAGUCGCUUGCCCGCGUCAACAAGACAAAACUCGACCCGCUGAUUCACAUCAUUUUGCAGAAUGUGCUGAAGCUUGCUUCGAACGCGAAGGGCAUCACUUCGCAAAACAGCAACAUGACUAUCAUCGCUAUCCUCGAGAACGUGACGUGCAAUCAGCGCGUGCUAGGCUACAUCUUGAGCGCCGCGAAGGAGAAGAACCAGAGUUUGCGCAUCUAUUCCGCGAACUGGCUUGGAAUCAUCAUCGAUGGCCAGUCUCGCCACAAGACUCACUCUGAAGGAGUGACCCAGAUCGCGUCAUGUAUCCAGGGCGGCAUUGAGGAUUCCAAAGAAGACAUUCGAAAGGCGUACCGCCACACCUUUGUCCGCUUCUCUGGCGUUUUCCCGAUGCAAGCCAAAAAGGUGCUGAAUGCACUGCCACCGAAAACCCAACAAUUGAUUGAAAAGGACAUGUCCCAGAACACCAAGGAUGAUUCUGGCGCCUUGUCUGAUCCAUUCGUUUCGACCACUGCCGCGACUACUGCCGCGACCACGCCAGCGCGCGCGCCCGCGAAGAGACCUGUGCCGAAAAAGCCUGUUUCAACCUUGUCGGCAGCGCCCAUGCGGCCCAAGCCCCCGCGCCCAGCGACCGCGGCCGGAUUUCAGAAGAAGGAGAAUGAGAGCCCACGAAAGCACCAGUGUCGGAUUCCUGGACCUGGACCGGAACUUUCUACACCGUUAACUCGCCGAAGGCAGAAGAGUGACCCACUGCAGGAUGCCAGUCCGGCAAAGAGCAAGUGGGUAGCCCCUGUGCCCGCAAUCGGCAACGCAGACAACGACGACCGUCCGUUCGGGACCCUGGUCGUUCCCAGAAAACGUCCCAGUACAAGCGAGGGACAGCAGGCAGAGAAAGUGGAGAAGGCGGACAUGGCCGGACAUGUCACCGAGAGCUCGGCCGACGCGCAUCGGGUCAUGGCCUCAUGGGGCAGGCUCGCGCACGAGAAGGAGUUCACUAAUCAGAACGUGGUUGAUGUAAAGCCAAGGAAGGUGUCGAUUUCCGAGGAGAUAAUCGCGUCCGCACCAUGGCCGAAGCCGGAAGCCAAGGAGCGCCUGUCGCGGACCCCCAGCCCCGAGCGCGACUAUGUUGAUUCGACGGCCGUAUCGAAAACCCCUUUGCCAAAGCGGAACGUGACUCUUUGGUCGCAGAACGCCACCAAUGCCCACGAGAUACUUUUGAAGGGGAUUGAGCGAAUUCAGGCGAGGACCAUGGCCACAGACGGAUUCCGAAAGCUGCAAGGCUUGAUCCAAUACCACCCCAAGCUGUUUGAUGACGAGGAGCAAUUCGCUGUGCUGUUGAUCGGAUUGCUUGAUGAGUUGGCGGCCCAGGCACCACCGAGCAAGACUGUGCUGUCUUUCGGAACGGUGGCGGACCACAAGACUCAGGUCCUGUAUACUGUGAAGUGCAUGUUUGAGAACUUCAGGCAGUUUUUUGCGCCGUACUACCCUCGCACUGUUACGGCGUUGUUGGAUGCGGAGAGAUCGGCGGACACGGGAGGUCACUUAGUCAAGGCCAUUGAGAACUUUAUCGAUGACGUGGUUGAGGCUUCGAAGGCGCAGUAUGGGAUCAUCGAUGGCGUUGUUACCCACCUUCUGCCCAUUGUCCGGAGCGAGGCUGGCGCGACCGAGCACAGGAUGCUUCGAAAGAGCUUGGAUGUCAUCACGCAAGGUCUGGCUAGCAUGAACGAGCAGUUGAAGGAGCUUCCAAGUGAUCAGAUGGAGCGUCUUGGAGAGUUUGUAAGGAGUGUGAUGACGCUUCCGGCCGUGGCCGUUAAGCGGAGGAUCUUUGCGCUUUGCAUCACCCUGCGUGAGAUGGUGGACGACGAGCGAUUCUGGGAGAUUGUGGGAUCGAAGAACAAGGGUGUCGACGGUCUUCUGUUCUACUACCAGACGAAGCAGGCAGCGCAGUGA